UCCUAUCUUUCAUCCCUAUAGCACUCACAGACCUGUGAGAAGCUAGACUAUCUGCGCGUCGUUACAAUCCAGAUUUCACUUGGACUCAAAACCCAUCAUGCCGUGGUCAGAUUUCGCAAAUGCAGAUGUGGAUGAUAUCGUCGAGAAGCUCACUACGGACGAGGCUAUUCUCCUCACCGCUGGUGUUGGCUUCUGGCACACACAUGAGAUCGCUCGCCUUGGGAUACCCGCUAUAAAAGUUAGCAAUGGUAUCAGAGGCAAUCACUUCUUCAUGAGUACACUGGCCAAGUGCCUGCCUUCUUCUACCGCGCUUGGAGCUACCUGGGACACGGAACUGAUUGAGGAAGUCAGGUUGAAGUUACUCGCAAGCGAGGCCAAGCUCAGAGCCGUGCCUGUGAUUCUUGCCCUGGCAUGUAAUGUCCAACGCAACCGACUACAGAACCCUCUAGGUGGCCAUGCCUUCGAGAGUCUCUCAGAGGACCCACUUCUAUCUGGUCUCAUUGCGGCCGCAUACGUUAAAGGUGUUCAAAAAUGGCGGCAUUGGAACUACAAUCAAGCAUUUCGUAAAUAUGCGAAGCCAUGGUGUUUCAUGACUUCGUACAACCAUGUCAAUGGCACCCACACCUCUGAGAAUAAGCAUCUCUUGCAAGACAUCCUACGCCGAGAGUGGGGCUUUGAGGGGCUUGUCAUGUCUGAUUGCAUACCUGUAUUAAAAGCCAAUCAGGGGGAAGAUGUUCCCACCGGCCAUGUUAGCGGCCUCUUCAGGAUCAAGUUCGAAUCCAUGCCCCAACACAGAAUGAUGGCUCACUUGGUACUGCACGAAUUCCUGGAAGUACACCCCGCAUACGCUCUCAGCAUUGAUACUCGUAUUCAUGCUCGAGAGAUAUCGAUAUCCUCCCCUGUCACAGCUGACCCUCAGCAGAGGCUGGACGAGUAUUGGCCAGUGACGGGGGUGAAAUGGGUCACGCAUGCCAUCGUUGGCGAUUGUGGAAAGUAA